GCAGGGUUGCGCCAGGACGCCGGCUCAUUGUUCUGGCGUGGGCGGAGUGCCACGGAGGACGCGCCGAGUGUGGCGCUGCUUCGGGCAGCCGGCGCCAUUCCGCUGGCGCUGACCAAUGUGCCCGAGCUUUGCAUGUGGGGCGAUUCGAAGAACCUGGUGUAUGGUUGCACGCGGAACCCUCACGACACGCGCCGAAGCCCCGGUGGAAGCAGUGGUGGAGAGGGAAGCCUCCUAGCCGCAGCUGGCUCCGUGAUGGGCAUAGGCACGGAUCUCGCGGGAAGUGUUUUAGUACCGGCAGCCUAUUGCGGGAUCUUCGCCCAUAAGGCAACUUCCGAUGGCGGAGAAAACCUGGAGCAGUACAACUGCGGUCGGACCAUGACCAGGUUGCUGAAGACUUGUCACUGA